AUUGGUUCCAUUCUGUGAGUUUGUGUGGUCUACCACUUCGCGGCUGAGCCGUUGUUGCGCCGUUAUUGAGCCGUUGUCUCCACCUCACAAUAACAGAACUUACAGUUGACCCUUGUUGGGACAGUGGCUUCCUAUGACGGUGCCACAUUGUCACUAAGCUCUUCAGUAAGGCCAUUGUUUGUUUAUGGAGAUUGCAUGGCUGUGUGCUCUUUAAUUUGAUUUGUAUACACCUGUCGGUAAGAGCUGUUGCUGAAAUAGUCAACUCCACUAAUUUGAAGGGUUGUCCAUAUACUUUAGGCAAUGUAGUGUUCUUACCAACUUGGGAAUUCAGGGGAAAUUGUAAAAAAGAUAAUAAUAGUCAGAUGCCACAUGAUAGAAUUGUCAGGACAAACCAGUUAACAUUGGAUUUAUCAUAUGUUAAUAGACAUUUGGCUGAUGUGUAAAAAUACAUAGUGAGCUGAACUAAGCCUCCCAAUGAUCAGCUGUUGACCCUAUCAUAGAGGGUGGAAACUACACUUUUUUUUACUCUUCAUAAUUAGACUUGCUGCUUUUUCGUCCUAGUUAAGGUGGCAAUAUUGCAUCCUGUGAAUCCACAAUCAUAAGGGUGAAUCAGAGACAGAAGAGGAAGCAUUUUUUUUCUUUUUGACCCCCUGGUUCAAUUAGGUUUUUCAAUUAUUAGCAGCACACGAGUGGAUAAUUGUGAAUUAAAGUUAAGCAACUUCUUAAAUAAAAACAAUACUUUUUCAGUUUAGUUGAACAUCUUGUUCAUGUCAGUAUGCGAUCACUUUAUUGAAGUCCUCCAUUAAUCUUCUUUGUGGGUUGAUACUGUACAGGUGGGUGCCUUCUCCCUCGUUGGUUCAAAUGUUUUCAAUCGAAGUCAAUUAACUAAGACCAUACCCAGCUAUAUUGGUGUCUGAGAGACCCACCCAUUGUGACCUCUUUCCAGUACAAGACAUCCUUAAAUCAUGCACAGAUGCAGUAAGACAUCUGUAGCCUAGAUUUACGUUAAUACUUCUAAACAUAAUGUUUUGGGUUCUCAUACUUACAAUGAUGUUUUGAUUGUUGCUUGACCAGUCGCUAACAUUAUAUUUGGUUGUGAUCUUUGCUAAAUAACUAUUUUGGAUGCAGCAGUUGCUUACACUCGUUGAGUCUGUAGCAAAAGCUAACCAAAUAACCAUUUUACUGGUUGAAGUGUUUAUAAUGCAGUUGGUUUGCGAUAGUGACACACAUUAUAUUAAGCUUUCAUACGAGCCUAAAUAAAAUUACAUAAAAUUACAAUCCAAAAGUAGUAUGAAAUGCACUCAUAAGCAACAUGUAAAUAGCGGCUAUUUUUGCUUGCGUUCUGUAAUAACUCGUUCAUGUUCUGCCACCAACUUGCGCGCAUCGCCCUCGUGCGGCAAUGUUUCGCAACACAGAAAGGGCGUCUUUAAUACCACCCGGUUAAGGCCUGCGUGAACUGUCGUCAGUUUUCAAACUGAGGCGCAACAUCGCGGGAACGCUGGCGAAAAGACCAGGCCGGGGUUUGAGUAGUCAAUGACGGAACGUUCUUCAUUACAAGUUAAUUUACUCAAUCUAAAGACCCAGUCCAAAUUCAAGCAAAUGUCAUAAGUAGUUGAACAUGUUUUUUAUCCAAUCUCGUGAAAGUGACAAACUGACACGUUUUGUCGAAAACAACUUUAUAUCAAAGGAGUGCAUUUGAUUUGAGACCCUGCACAUGCGCAGUUUAGCACGAGACGACGGAUAAUAUUAAGUGUUUCUGAACAUGAGUUUUAGCUAGCCAUGACAUCGCCUACAGGUGCGAUCGGGGAUUUCUAUUGGAGACAGAAAUUGCUUCAAUCUUUGGAGACAGAAAUUGCUUCAAUCUUCAUACUGUUCUUUCUUUGAUAUCGUCAUUUAUCCACGGUCCUUGCCAUACGUUCCAAGGAUUCCGAAUAGCACUAGCCAUUUAUUCACCAUCUUGGUGAAGUUUUAAUAUUUUGAAAAAGGUGAAAGAGAUUGACCCGGAACAACAUAGCUAAGUAGCCGGAAAGAGGUUUACAGAAAUAGUAGUUUGCAAAAAAGAGGGAUGUAUCCAGCUAGAUUGGACCUGAAUAGCUAACGUUGUAAAACUAUUAAUCUACGUUUAGAGUUUAUGUUUUGUAGAAUGACAGGCCAAGAAUAAGUUUUUCCUGUCCGCAUUGGCUGGCUAGCUUGUGAGCUAGCUAGCAUAAUACCUCCCACCGAUACGGGUUCUACGGGAAAUGGUACGUUUUGCUAGCUUUUGUAUUGUACUAUUUACCAACUAGCAAGGUAUAUACCACUUAAGUUAGUUUCAGUGAUAAGGUAACAGUUACUUAGCCAAGUUGCUAGCUUUGUACACUAACGUUAACUAAAUAUCUGCAUAGCUAGCUAGUUACAUUCCUUGAAUUCUUACCGUUGCCCGUUUAAAGUAAUAGCUAACUAGCUAGAUAACUUUACUUAGAACAGUAGCUUUUCUACUCAAUACAACAACAAAAGCAGUCUUGCAUCUAACGUUAGUUAAGAACUCAUUUCGCCGUGAACAUGAAUCAAACUAGGCCUAAGUAAAUUAUUUGGAAGUAGACGUUUACUGGUAGUGUUUUCCAAACUGGCAAAGGUGAUUUUAAGUAGAUAAUGUUAUGUAGUUAAUUAUCAUUACUCAACCCUGAAACCGCAGGUCGUCGUUCUCAUGUGCCCAUGGAGAAGGCGGUCUUUGAGGGGUGGCUGGAGUCAGUCUCCGCCUCUUUCCUCUCGCUUAGUGACCAGCAGCGCAACCAGUCCCUGGACCAGCUCAUCUCGCUGAGUAAUGCUGUCCAGCUCCGGCAUCUGUCCAAUGGGCUGGAGGCGCUGCUUAAGAGGGACUUCCUGCGCCUGUUGCCCCUGGAGCUCACUUUCUACCUGUUGCGGUGGCUGGACCCGCAGACCCUGCUUACCUGCUGCCUGGUGUGCAAGCAGUGGAACAAGGUGAUCAGUGCGUGCACGGAGGUGUGGCAGGGCGUGUGUCGAGACCUGGGCUGGCGAAUCGACGACUCCAUCCAGGAUGCGUCCCACUGGAAGGGUGUCUACCUCAAGGCCAAGCUGCGCAUGAUGCAGCUGAAGAACCAGGAGGCGUUUGAGACGUCGUCGCUCAUCGGGCACAGUGCGCGCGUCUACGCCCUCUACUACAAGGACGGCCUUCUUUGCACAGGCUCUGAUGACCUUUCUGCCAAACUGUGGGACGUACGCACCGGGCAGUGCAUCUACGGAAUUCAGACGCACACCUGCGCCACUGUGAAGUUUGAUGAGCAGAAGCUGGUGACUGGUUCCUUUGACAACACCAUUGCCUGUUGGGAGUGGAGCACGGGGGCAAAGAUCCAGCAGUUCCGUGGGCACACGGGUGCAGUGUUUAGCGUGGACUACAAUGAUGAUCUGGACACACUGGUGAGCGGCUCGGCCGACUUCUCUGUGAAGGUGUGGGCGCUGUCGGCAGGCGCCUGCCUCAACACCCUGACGGGACACACUGAGUGGGUCACCAAGGUGAUUCUCCAGAAGAGUGAAGUAGAGUCCAUGGUCCACUGUCCUGGCGACUACAUCCUGUUGAGUGCUGAUAAAUUUGAAAUAAAGGUUUGGCCUAUAGGCAGGGAAAUCAACUGCAAGUGCUUGAAGACCCUGUCCGUGUCAGAGGACCGCGGUGUGUGUCUGCAGCCUCGCCUGCAGUUUGAUGGCCGCUACAUUGUCUGUAGCUCGGAUCUGGGGGUCUACCAGUGGGACUUUGCCAGCUUCGAUAUCCUCAGGGUCAUCAAAACGCAGGACCCUGCCAACCUCUCCCUGCUCAGCUUUGGUGAGGUGUUCUCGCUCCUCUUUGACACCGACUUCCUGUAUGUCAUGGAUCUGAGGACAGAAAAAAUAACUGGCCGCUGGCCCCUGCCCGCCUACAGGAAGUCCAAACGAGGCUCCAGCUUCCUGCCGGGAGUCACCUCCUGGCUCAAUGGGCUGGAUGGGAGAAAUGACUCUGGCCUCGUGUUCGCCACCAGCAUGCCCGAUCAUAGCAUUCACUUGGUUCUGUGGAAGGAAAACACCACUAGAGGUGAAACCUACGAUGGCUAGGUUGUCAACUGCCAUGUAAACGGGGUGCUCUGACUUGAAACCCAUAGCCAAGUUAGAUAAUGCAUGGACCAAAGUGUUAAUGUUUUUUCUACCUUUUCUUUCUCAACACAUGCUCUCAUAAUCAAACAUCAUGCAACGUGCUUUCAGAAAGACUAUUGGAGAUGGUUUCACCAACUGAAACGCUGCUAUGAAUACAAGGGGAUGAAAGGCCCAGUUCAGAGGGCAACGGCAGCGGUUGGUGUUGGUUCCAACCCUGCCAUGGGUUCUCUCUUGAAGGAAAUACGACGACUGGGAGGGUGGCUGAAUGAAGACGGAACUCUCGAAAAACUGCGUGGUCAUGUCAGGCUCUACAGCUGUAGAUAUUUCCCCUGUAUUACUAUGUAUUGGGACCUUUACACUUCGGACAGGGUUCUUCAAGCAGCUCAGACGGGGAGUUGCCUUAACACAGUACUACUUUACAAUGAAAUACAUUUUGACUGUGUCCUAGGUUUUUCAUAGACUGUGACCAACCAUCCCCAUGAGAGUUCCAUGUUGACAUUUUCAAAGUGGUUUAGUGCAUUGGAUUUGUACAAUGUGAAGCGUUUGUUGGAUAUUCAGUGUAACUCCAUCGUUUGAUAAUGCUUUUCUUAGUGGUGCUUGUUUUAAAAGUCAACUUGAGAAAUUUAGUCGUGCCUUUUUCGUUUGAUUUAAAUAUCCAUCUGUGUGAUAAGAAUUCCAUUACGCAGGCACACUGCAAUAACAUGACUGCGUUGUACAUUUUAUUUCAUACUAUAACAAACUGCAUACAAUGUAUUUCUAAUACCACUAUUUACCCUACAUGAUUCACUAGAAUAUAUUUUGUGAAUUGCAGUAUUUGAAGUAUAGACCAAGUAAAGUUCCAGGUUAUUUUUCUAAAAGGCUUUGAGGUUGGAAGUUUUCACAAUGUAAUGAUUUGAAAGUGGACAAUUCCCCUUUGUUACAGCCUGAAUUUUAAAUGGAUUCAAUUGA